AUGACGCCUCCGGACUUACAAAAACCAGAAUCUAAUAACAACAACAAUAAUAAUAAUACCGGCGAACCGCCAACGCGUCUAGUCAGUCAUUUUCAAGGACGCCCAGUGGAGGGCCACGGCACAGCAUGGUCUGAGCUGUGGGACACGGACAAUAGCCAUCUCUGGGAUCGAGGGAAGCCAUCUCCGGCACUGAUCGAUCUCAUUGAGCAGCGGCAGCAUGAUCUCUUUCGUCCUCUGACUGCUGCUGAUGGUAAUGGUAAUAAAGGGCGAAGGAAGAAAGUCCUCGUUCCGGUGUUCAUCAACCUGAUACGCAUGCACAUAUUUUGUCUGUCUGACUGUGUGUAUGGCUGCGGACGGGGCUACGACGUCGUCAUGCUCGCCCUUCACGGGUUCGACGCCUACGGCCUGGAGAUAUCCGCCACGGCGGUUGCGGCAGCUGAGAAAUAUGCCGCUGCGGAACUGCAGCAGCCGAAGGGAUACAGUUAUGGCGAUGGCUAUGACAGCAACCGCUCCUUGACAGGCGAUUUCUUCAAGGCGGACUGGGUGAGCAAGGCGCUGGGUGAUGAAGAUGAUGAUGAAGAAGCGAAGUUUGAUGUCAUAUAUGACUAUACGUUUCUAUGUGCCCUCCACCCAAGCCUGCGCCAGCAAUGGGCAGCGCGAAUGAGUGACCUCCUGCCCAGCGGCGGCCUGCUAGUCUGUCUCGAGUUCCCCAUGUACAAAGACCCAACGCUUCCCGGUCCGCCGUGGGGCUUGAAGGGAGUGCACUGGGAUCUGCUCUCGCGAGGCGGCGAUGGGAUUGCCAACAUCGUCGGCAUAGAAUCUGAGUCGAUGGGGGGUGGCGGGGGCACCGGCGGUGGUCAGUUCGAGAGGAUCCUCUAUGUGAAGCCGCGUCGGUCGUACGAACAGGGAAAGGGGAUGGAUAUGUUGAGUUACAGUAAUGUUCUCUCUGGCUGGCAUGGUCCAGUCGAUGAUGGUCCCUGA